AGUUUCCAAUUUCGGGGAGAUUUUGGGUAUUUCAGCACUCACAUCCCUCUCACAAGAACCCACUCUAGCUCACGCGCCGCCGUAAGCAAGUGGGUUUCGACACGAUCUUCAACUGGAUUCAGACGUCUUAGAAAGGGAACUGUGAAGAAAAGUAUAGUGGAGGCGGGGAAAAAAAAUGGCAAGCUAUCUCUGGAGAAAAUAUGCAGACUAUGUUUACACCAAAUGGGAAAGAACGCUUCUUUGGGACAUGUUAGAGCCCUACAGAAGACCCAAAUCUUUUACGCCUCUCGUUACUAUUUAUAUUGCAGCUUUCUACACUGGGGUCAUUGGCUCCGCCAUUACUGAGCAACGCUACAAGGAAAAGUACUGGGAAGAUCACCCUGGGGAAGCAGUGCCGCUCAUGAAGCCAAAAUUUUAUGGUGGGCCCUGGAAGGUGCUCAAAGGUGAUGUCCUGCCACCUAAUCAGUGAAAGCCAGAAGAUCCGGUCAAAGAGUUAUUGUGCCAUUCCUUCUAUUUUACUCUGUUCCUGUAUAAAGGUUACAGAUUUUGUAGUGUUUAGCUUUAAGCUGUGGUGAUGAUGUUUGUCAAUGACCAGUUGAGAUAGAAGAUUGUUUAGUUCUUAAUUGUUUCUAGCAUCAGAUCUCCAUAUGAGAUGAGAGACCACUUCUUAAAAACAUAAAUCAUAUAUUAUCAGUUUUUCAUCUAACUAAUAUCCUUAUUCUUGAAACGAUAUUCAGGCUUUCUUUUC